CUGACUAAGAACCAGCUGAAUGUCUUCCUAUCCCUCAACCCAGUUUGGCCCAAUAUGACAAACCUGUCUAAGCUCUUCCUACGCAACAAUGGACUGAAGUCUCUGCACCCUGGUCAGUUCCUAAAGUGCCCUGCUCUCACCUUACUGGACCUGAGCGAGAACCAGAUUGAAUAUCUACCGAACGGAUUCCUCCAUGGAUUAGGUAAUCUGAAGACACUGUAUUUGCACUUUAACCAGAUUCGAAUGUUACAGGUUGGUGGCUUGGAAGGAGCCGUCGCCCUCGCUGACCUCAAUCUUAGCCAUAAUAAUAUAACAAAGAUAGAGGAAGGUGUGUUCAACAACUCCUCUGUGCUCAAGAAACUUGUUCUGUCCAGAAACCGAAUCACAAGUGUGGAUGAGGCCUGCUUCAGAGGAGCGACAGGUCUCCAACAACUGGACCUGAGUGGCAACAUGCUGAUCACUGUUCCAACUGAGGCACUGAAGGAUGCAAACAGGCUCAUGUAUGUGUAUCUACAGAUGAACAGUAUCAUUAGCCUUCCAGAGGAUUGCUUCUCCUCAUUGGCCCUGCUGGUUAAUCUGGACUUGAGCAACAACAAACUGACCACUCUGUCUGAGGGCUCACUAAGAGGCCUGACCAUGUUGCGAGAGCUGGGCCUCAGUACCAACCUCAUAGAUUCUCUUCCUUCUAAAGUUUUCAACGACUUGAUCAGCCUUGAAUUACUUGAUUUAUACAGGAACAAACUGACAUCCCUUCCUCUGGACAUAUUCAGGAACUUGAACAACCUACAAGAACUGCAGCUGGACAACAAUCAGAUCUCUGCCUUACCAGUUGGGGUGUUUGAUCCGCUGUCCAGACUCAAAGAGCUACAUCUGUCAAACAACCGCAUCCUGAAGCUCCAAGACUCUCUGUUCAACAAGCUCAAGUCCCUGCAGAACCUGUACCUGGAGAACAAUGCCCUGAAACACCUUCCUAAAGGCCUUUUCCACAAGAUGAGGGUCCUCAGGGAGAUACAUCUGAAUGACAACCACAUCAGGUCUCUGCAUCCCUCAGUCUUCCAUGGUCUGGUGAGGGUACAUUUGCUGAUACUCUCUCGCAAUCAUCUCACCUAUUUACAUCCGGACCAGUUCAGAGAACUUAUCGCUUUAAAGGAAUUAAAACUAGAUGAAAAUCACAUCGGCAGUCUUUCAACAAGCCUGUUCAUGAAUCUAACUCAUCUUGUUGCACUGGAUCUGAAUCAUAACCACAUCUUAAAGCUGUCUCCUGAUGACUUUGUAGGGUUGACCCACCUUAAAGAGCUCAAGCUGAGCUGCAAUCAGCUUAAUGACAUCCCAUUCAACACCUUCUACCCCCUCAACAGCCUCCGCAGGCUUCUGCUAAAGAACAACAGCCUGAAUAAUUUACACCUUCAGCUUUUUGCCCGACUUUCAAAUCUAACAGAACUCAACUUGGAUGAAAACAAGCUGGAUCACCUGCAGCCUGAUGUAUUUCAAGGGCUAACAAACCUCCAGAAAUUGAGUUUGAAGUCCAACCAACUCAGAUCAGUGGAGAAUGGGACUUUGGAGCCACUAAAAAGCCUUAAUGCUGUCUGUCUGUCAGGUAAUUUGUGGGACUGUUCCUGUGCACACAUUUUCUACAUCAGCAGCUGGGUAAACAUGCACAAAGACAAGCUCAGAGACCAGCCCGUCUGCUUCUUUUCCUCUUCUUCGUCACCCUUUACUGAGGAUACACCAUUGUCUCAGGCAGCUCUGUCUCCCCUGCUGCCACAAGAUGAUUGCAUUAAAAGUGCUGCAGGUGGCCCAUCACCUUCAUUUCCUCUAGAAAUGCUGAAUCUGCUCAUUAUGUCUCUCAUAGCUGUCAGCUCACUGUGACAUCCUUUGUAGUGGUUUUGUGCCCUCUAAUCUUUUCUUCCUGCCUUUACAUUUCAUGUCUGCUCCUGCUGUUUCAGUAUCUGCACCACAACCUCAAUAUACUGUAUAUCUGAAUAACUACAAGUGCAUUUAAACAUUGUGUAAAUCACAUUUAUUAGGGAAAAUCUGCACUGGAAUAAUAUGAUUACGCUAGUCCAAGAUAGAUUAGUGCGUGUUAAGAGAGUUCUUGCAAAAUUGGAAACUGUUUAUGAUUUACUAAGUAAGAUCCUUACUUCAGGCUGUGAGGGUUGAGUAUGUGUUAAAAAAUACUGUUUAAACUGUCUUGAUGACAGGAGAUAUGUUUGUAAUCUGUUGAUUGUGUUUG